AUGAAUUUAAAUAAAGUUUUUGACAAUAGUACCAAUGAAACUGUUAUUCCGAUGGAAGAAAUUCCCGGUACUCACAAUAGCCAAGCCCAAAAACCCAAAGAAGACAAUGUGAGUGCAAGAAGUAAUAAAAACGUACCGAUAAAUCGCCGUCCGUCAUUUUUUCUCGAAGCGGGCAACAGAUUAGUGCCUAGACCUGUGUACGGAUCAGACGACGUUCAACUGUACGCCAAUAGGAACAGAAGAAGCAGGCUUGAAGAUGAUCCUGAAGACUAUAUGGAUGUUUAUGACACUAUCUUCGACGGGCACGGGCGUCCGUCUAUCAAUUCUGGAUCAGUUGUUGGUUCUGUGUUUGACGUUAAUGUUUAUCAACAGAAGAAAACUUUGGCCCAAGGUAUGAUGGACCUCGCUUUGAUAUCCGCAAACGCCAAUCAGCUUCGCUAUGUCAUGCAGUACACCAACCAUCCUUUUCAUUAUCUUUCUCUGGCUAUGAUUGUACUGAGCUUGCUCCUCCAAAUUGUUGUUGGCAUUGGGCUCAUCUGGAACAGCAGAUAUGAUGUUAAAGAAGACGAACAAAUUCCUAAAGCUAACAAAACAAACAAUUGGACAGUUAUUGGUAUUUUUCUCGUUACUAUUUUAAAUGUAUUUAUUUCUUCUUUUGGUAUCACGGAUUCAGAUUCUGAAGUUGGGCUUGAUCUUCCCUUCACAGACGCUAAUGGAGAUACAAUUGUCUUAAGAAAUAAUGAUAAUGUUACUUCAGUAAUUACAUAA